AUGGAGGACGAAUCUCCAGACACUUCACAUAUUUCACACCCUCCAGCAGUCAAGGCUGGAGGAAUGAGAAUCGUGAAACAUGCUAGAGAACACGAAGAAAAAGCGUUGUCUAAAUCAGAAUUGGCUCACCAAGCAGCCGAGUAUAAUUCUAACAUCGUAGAUUUUUCGCCACAUGAGCUACUUACCAAGGAAGAACUUGAAUUUCACGAUAGAUGUGUUAAAUCUCAACAAGAUAAACCAUUACCAAAAGUUACUAAACCUCAUAACGAUAAUACCAAACGUAUCAUUCAACAACCUUUAAAAUAA